GGGCGGCGGCGGCGGCGGCGGCGGGGGUCUGCUAGGCUGCGCUCCGGCCGGGGCGGCCGGCUGAACGGGGCGUACCAUGGACUUCAACAUGAAGAAGCUGGCGUCAGACGCGGGCAUCUUCUUCACCCGGGCGGUGCAGUUCACGGAGGAGAAAUUUGGCCAGGCCGAAAAAACUGAGCUUGAUGCCCACUUUGAAAAUCUUCUGGCCCGGGCGGACAGCACCAAGAACUGGACAGAGAAGAUCCUAAGGCAGACAGAGGUGCUGCUGCAGCCCAACCCUAGUGCCCGAGUAGAGGAGUUCCUGUAUGAGAAGCUGGACAGGAAGGUCCCUUCGCGUGUCACCAAUGGGGAGCUGCUGGCUCAGUAUAUGGCAGAGGCAGCCAGCGAGCUGGGGCCGACCACUCCAUACGGGAAGACACUGAUUAAGGUGGCAGAAGCUGAAAAGCGCCUGGGAGCUGCAGAGCGGGACUUUAUCCACACGGCCUCCAUCAACUUCCUCACGCCCUUGCGUAACUUCCUAGAAGGGGACUGGAAGACGAUUUCGAAGGAGAGGCGAGUCCUCCAAAACCGGCGUCUAGACUUGGAUGCCUCCAAAGCACGACUGAAGAAGGCCAAGGCUGCAGAAGCCAAAGCCACGUGUGAGGGAGAUACGGUGCCUGACUUUCAGGAGACUAGACCUCGUAAUUACAUUCUCUCGGCCAGCGCCUCCGCGACUCUGGAUGACACUUCCUGCCCUCCUUCCUGGUCCGAGUGGGAGAAAUACCCUGGAGGGUGGAGACUGCCCUGUUUUUUUCUUUUGCCAUUGAACCCCAGUGUGACUCAGGCACGAGGCUGCCUUUCUCUGCUGAAGAACAGAAAGCUUUGGAAUGAUGAGGUGGACAAGGCUGAACAGGAGCUCCGAGUGGCCCAGACAGAGUUUGACCGGCAGGCAGAAGUUACUCGUCUGCUGCUGGAGGGAAUCAGUAGCACUCAUGUGAACCACCUUCGCUGCCUCCAUGAGUUCGUCGAGUCUCAGACAACUUACUAUGCGCAAUGCUACCGUCACAUGCUGGACUUACAGAAACAGCUGGGCAGCUCCCAGGGAGCCAUAUUUCCAGGCACCUUCAUCGGCACUACAGAGCCUGCCUCCCCACCCCUGAGCAGCACUUCGCCUACCACCACUGCAGCCACUAUGCCUGUGAUGCCCUCUGUGGCUGGCCUGGCCCCUCCAGGAGAGGCUGCUCUCUGCCUAGAGGAGGUGGCCCCACCUGCCAGCGGAACCCGAAAGGCCCGUGUGCUCUAUGAUUACGAGGCAGCGGACAGCAGUGAGCUGGCCCUGCUGGCAGAUGAGCUCAUCACUGUCUACAGCCUGCCCGGCAUGGACCCUGACUGGCUCAUUGGCGAGCGAGGCAACAAGAAGGGCAAGGUUCCUGUAACCUACUUGGAACUGCUCAGCUAAGCAGGCCCCCUCCCAGGCCCCCUGUCCAUCCUAGCCUGGGCAGGACAGGAUGGGUGCAGCCCUGCCACUUACCUUGUCUGUUGGUGACCCAGCUACUCAGGGUGGGGAGACUAACUUCAUCCUGUCCUUGUCCCCGGUCAUCCAGCUGUGAGAGACCCCAAGUGGCUGAAUGAUCCCUGCUCCCCUUGCCCUCUGCCCCAGUCCUACUUCCAACCUAUGGUUUGGAGCCUCCAACCCUGCCUGCAUCCCAAGUACCCAAGCCCUCCCCUCUCCUGCCAAGGAGGGUGGGAACUGGCUGCAGCAGCUGAACUCAGAGGCCUAGGGCCAUGGUGAGGAUAGCCCAGAUGGGCAUGAGGAAGCAGGGGGGUGCACUAUAGGCAAGAAGAGAACACCUGCCUUUUAGUUGCCAAAAGUAGUAAAAGGGGAAAGCAGCAAGGCAUACGGUUUCUGGCAGCCCUUGGGGACUGACUGGGUGCUGUCUCCUCUCUGGAUCCACCUGGAGUGAGAGGAGGCAAGGCUGGCAGGAAAGGCAGGGUUGGGCCAUGGCACAGCAUCUUCCCGGUGCUGCUCUUUCCCUUUCCCCAAUCCCUUACAGCUCAAGCCAAGUAUGGCGGCUGCAGCCUUCACCUCCCCACACACACUUUUUAACUGAUAUUUUUACUUCUGCCUGUCUGCUUGCUCUCUAGCCAAUGACAAAUAAACAACCAUCCUUCGUGUGCAAA